AUGGAUUAUUUCAGGAUGAUGGACGUCAUCAACCUCACUGCCUUACCAAUGAUACAAGUGGAUGGAGACCUGACUGUCUCACCUGUUACUCGGACUGCAAUGGAGAAUGCUGUGAGGAAGGAGUUACAGGACAAUCCACCCUCGUGCCUUAUUGGCUCUAUGCACGAGGUGAACCAAAAGAUUGCUGAAAUAGAUCUGAGCACCGCCCUGUUGGCCAACAGCCUGGCAAUUGAGAAAUUUGAAUUGGAGAAGAAGGCUUUAAGAGAGAAAAGUCGCAGCAGCCCAGGAGACAGAGUCAAGAGAGAAAGAAAAUCGCAGUAUUCCUGCAAAGGCUCAGAAGAGAGGAAUGCCAAAUCUUUCCUUAUAAAAAGGAAAACAGCAGAUAAAAAUCUGCUGGCGGAGCUGUACCAGCACCCCAAAUUUAACGACUCUAGGCCAAACAAGCUUCCAAAUGGGGUGGAAUUCUGUGACAUGGUGGGCAACGUAAUCCGGGCAGAGAGAAACCCCAUUAGUGGCAAGUCUUUCUGUUCAGGUAGAGAAUUAGAGAAGUUUCUCUCUUCUCCUUCUCUAAGAACCAUAUGGCUGGAUAGCUUCUGGUGGAUAUUUCAUGAAAGGUACAAGCCAAACAAGGAGAUCCAAAAUAAGCUGUUUGACAGGAUAGCCCGACACUACGCCUUCCUUUUGUUUCAUGGACCCAGGUCCCACUACGAAGAGGCACUCUUAAAAAGGUUGCCGUCGCUUCUGAGUAAAGCCCUGUACACCAGCUUCUGUUGCUGCUUCCCACAGUCCUGGUUCAACACUCAUGAAUUCAAGUCUGACAUCUGUAACACAGUGAGCCUGUGGAUUUCAGGCACAUAUCCUUGUCCACAGAGCUAUAAUAGCUGGGACUACUCAGAACUAGAUCCAGAGAGAUUCCGGAGAGAAGAAUUACUGUUACAGAGAAGAAAAUUGAUAACAGGAAAAGAGUUUUCUUUCUUCACUUGUAAAAGAUCCUCCUUCCAGAAGCCAGCCCAGAGCAGGAAAUCCAGCCACUCUCGGUCGUCUAGUAUAAAUUCAACCACCGAGAGAGGCUCUUCAGCCAAGCAGAAUUUAGAAGAAAACGCACAAAUACGGAAUACCACAAAAGAGCAUCAUUGUCACACCCCGGUCAUCAGGAAAGCUACACAACAAGUCAAGAGGAUAUCAGAAGCAAGAGAAUGUGCGAAAGUGUUUUCUAAACAGUCUUAUCCUGCCUGCAAAAUCCCUGCGCUGACUCCAAACCUCUUCAACAUUUAUGGGAAGAGUCCUCUGAUUGUGUACUUCCUCCUGAAUUACUCCAGGCUGCAGCACCAUGGUGAGGACGUGCUGAUCGUCAGGAGGGAAAAGACCAAGAGCAUCCCUGAGUCCACCCCGACGUAUGCUGACAUCAUCAGCCUGACUCUGAGCAACAUGAAGAAGCGAAAAGACCACCUCGGUCAGUUGUACCGGCUUCACCGGAGUGAAUGGAAUUAUUUUGAUAAGUACCUGAAGGAACUGCAAGACAACUUCUUCAGGGAGGUGAAAAAUAUUGAUCAAAAAAUGGCAGAUAAAAAAAAGUCAAGCCACACGUUCAUCCCACCUUCAACCUGCAAUGAAGAAUUCCUUGACAAGAGACCUAAGGAAGGAAAAGGAGGGGAAAAGAGAUGA